UGUUUAGCACACUUGAGACAGCAGCUCUGGAAAGUAGUGAAAUUUGGUGCUUGGGUUAGUUUUUCAUUUAAAAGGUUCUCCGCUAAUGGAAAAACUUUUCGUAAAUGCUUUUUAAGAACGCUCCUUUCAAGAAAGUAUACAACGGCUUCUCCGUGGGCCUAGGCCUUGCCUUGUAUCUGAAAGAAUUUAACUUCACUGGUGAGCCGCCUUGGUAGCGCAACAAAAUCCUACUGUGCUACGAUUCCAUCUUUCUUGUCCAUUUUGUUGCAUUUGUCUGAAUUGGUACAUCUCCAGUCAUAUUCAAGAACAUAAACAUGAACAGCUUCAGCACUGCCGAUUUUGACUUCUCUUUGCUUGAUGAAGGCUUCUGUGCCAGAGAUAUUGUGGAACAAAAAAUAAAUGAGGUCUUCCUUUCGGAUGACAAAGAUGCCUUUUAUGUAGCGGACCUUGGUGACGUUCUUAAAAAGCACAUGCGAUGGACACGCGCCCUUCCUCGUGUGACUCCAUAUUAUGCUGUGAAAUGUAAUGACAGCAAAGCUGUAGUGAUGACCCUUGCUUCCCUGGGUGCAGGAUUUGAUUGUGCAAGCAAGAAUGAAAUUCAGCUGGUCCAGAGCAUUGGUGUUUCACCUGAGAGGAUCAUUUAUGCUAACCCUUGCAAACAAGUGUCUCAAAUUAAAUAUGCUGCUGCCCAUGGUGUCCAGAUGAUGACAUUUGAUAGUGAAGUUGAACUUGCGAAAGUUUCAAGAAGCCACAGUAAUGCAAAGUUGGUUCUUCGUAUUGCCACAGAUGACUCUAAAGCAGUGUGCCGUUUGAGUGUGAAAUUUGGUGCAACGCUUAAAUCCUCCAGAUCCUUACUUGAGCGUGCCAUGGAACUGGGUGUUGAUGUUAUUGGAGUAAGCUUCCAUGUUGGCAGUGGCUGUACUGAUCCUGAAACAUACACCCAGGCCAUUUCAGAUGCUCGUUGUGUCUUUGAUAUGGGAGUGGAACUUGGGUUCAACAUGAAUUUGUUGGAUAUUGGUGGUGGAUUCCCUGGCUCUGAAGAUGUUAAACUGAAGUUUGAAGAGGUUACUGCUGUCAUCAGCACUGCUCUUGACAAAUAUUUCCCUGUUGAGUCUGGUGUUCGGGUCAUUGCUGAGCCAGGAAGAUACUAUGUUGCAUCUGCUUAUAUGCUAGCAGUCAAUAUCAUUGCUAAAAAAGUUGUCUUCAGGGAGCAGACUGGUUCUGAUGAUGAGGAUGAUGGUGCUAAUGACAGAACUUUGAUGUACUAUGUUAACGAUGGUGUUUAUGGGUCAUUUAACUGCAUCCUGUAUGACCAUGCUAAUGUCAGACCUGUUCUCCACAAGAAACCUAAGCCUGAUGAGAAAUUCUACUCUUGUAGCAUCUGGGGACCAACUUGUGAUGGUCUGGAUCGCAUUGUUGAGCUCUGUGACAUGCCAGAUCUUCAGGUUGGAGACUGGAUGCUCUUUGAGAAUAUGGGAGCCUACACUGUUGCUGCAUCUUCCACCUUCAAUGGAUUCCAGAAGCCGGAUAUUCAUUAUGUGAUGUCAAGAACAUCCUGGCAACUGAUGCAGCAAAUCAAAGAGCAAGGGGGCAUUGCUAAAGUUGAGGAGACUGCUUCUAGCCCUGUGCCAAUCUCCUGCGCCUGGGAAAGUGGAGUAGAACGUCCUUCAACUUGCUCUUCAACUCGUAUUGUUUAACCUGCAGAAUCUGGCAUGGUUUUAGUCUGCCCUGAUACCUUUGGGAACUACUAGGGACCAUUAACUUUAAUGUUGCCUACCUUUUUUAUGUUUUAAGCCAGUUAAUAAAAUGCAACAGUUGAUAACUUGGGGGGGUCACAUUUUAUGCUGUUCCUAUGGAAACUUUUAAUUUGUAUUUUUUUUUUCUUUUACACAAUAAACAGACAAUGAGUCUUGCUUCAUUGAACACAUUUUAUGGCACAGCUACCUCUAGAACAGGUGCCAGGCAACCUUGUUUUAAACAAUUUACAUAUCAAACACACCUGUUUUUAUAGUAUAACACUAAUCCAUUUCACAAGGAAUGUAGUGUUAGUUUGAGUGUGUGACAAGAAACUUGUAAAUUCAGUACUAAACUGUUUCCUUACUCUACUAUGCGGUGGCUCAGUUCAGUGGAGUUCCUCGACACACUGUCUGGCUCGUUUUGGUGUUAUAACUACAGAGACCAUAACCUGAACUGUGUACUUGGCUAGUUGUGUGUGUUUUUUUUUUUUUAGGGUGUUGAACAGUGUUGCCUUCUGUAGGUUACUGUGCUGUUGCAAACAAUCCUUCCAUGUGCCUUCUAACAAUAUGCAGGCUAUUUCUGCAGAUCAACUAAUUACUGGCAAUGUGUACAUAGUUUUUCCUACUUGCCACAGUGGUGCCAACGUCUACAAUUUGGCUGUAGCAGCCAAUAUCUUUAUGGUUCUGCUAUGUCAAAGGAUGUAAUACCAUAUAUUAUUAAUAAAUGAUGGCUAUUCAA